AGACCCAAACUCUCAGAGAGAGAGAGAGAGAGAGAGAAGAGAGAGAGAGAGAGGGAGAGGGAGAGGGAGAGAGAGAUCUUCUUCUUUUUCUAGCAAUAGCAAACUGUAGGAACAGACUGCCAAGGAUGAAUCGGGAGAAAAUGAUCCUAGCGAAGCUGAAACCCGUAUCUGAGACGGCGUUUGUUAUUCUCAUGCUUGUUUUAGCAGCUGAAGCAGAAUCACCUUCUCAGAGUCUGGCCUUACCGGGCUGUCAAGACACAUGUGGCGAUCUCACUAACAUUCCCUAUCCUUUUGGAAUCGGACGCGGCUGCUUCUUGGAUCCCCUGUACGAGAUCGAUUGCCAGCAAACUCCUAACAUCUCUACUCCAGUACUAAAGAAUUUUGGCGUGGUGGUGUUAAAGAUCAAGCUACCACGAAGUUCAGAAUUCCCAGGCCUCAUUAAGGUUGCGCAGCCGAUAUUCUACUCCCCUCCUAGUUGUACUACGAACCAACAAACCGACCCCCCGUUGGACUUAACGGACAGUCACGGCACUUUCCUUUACUCCCAGAUUCAAAAUAUUUUUGUUGCCGGAGGUUGUCACAGCAUGGCCUUCAUGGUCAGCAGAGAGAUGGUCUUAGGAUGCAACUCUUCCUGCGAUUCCAAAUCACUAUCUUGCUUUAAUGAUACCUAUUGCUGUAAUACUACGAUCCCCGAUGGAAUCGCCAGAUACAGUGUAGAAUUCAAGAAUCUCGAUGGCAAAGCCAUAGCCACAGGGGAUGACGAAUGCAGCUACGGCUUCUUGGUCUCCAGAAGAUGGUGGUAUAACACUAAUUUAUCCAGUUUACUACCACCAGCCGUUCCGGUGGUGCUCGAAUGGGGGGUAGAUUGUGCUUCUCUGCUGUUGAGUAGAAACCAAGAGGGCAGCUCCGGCACCUGCGAUGUUUUCAGGCCGUCUCAUGGUUAUUGUCUAUGUUAUUGCAGUGAAGGCUAUAGUGGGAAUUUUCAUCUUCCCCAGGGAUGCCAAGAUAUCGAUGAGUGCAAAGAUCCAGAAAUCCACUGUCCAGGGAUGUGUGUGAAUCGACAGGGGUCAUACAACUGCAUAAAAAUCGAGACCAUCGCCAUAAUAGUGGGGGGCACGGCUAUCGGAGCCAUAGUAUUACUAUUGCCUUCUUCGUGGUUCUACAACAAAAGAAGGCGGACGGCAAAGCUCAAACAAAUAUUCUUCGAACGGAAUGGCGGACUUUUGCUGGAACAAUGCUUAUCUUCUAUUGAAGACAAUCAUGCAGAGAAAGGCAAGUUAUUCGCCUCAUCGGAGUUAGACACAGCUACGGACCAUUUUAACGAGAAUCGAAUAUUGGGUCAGGGUGGUCAAGGAACUGUUUACAAGGGAAUGUUGACAGAUGGAAUGAUCAUUGCAGUCAAGAAACUAAAAUUUGUGGAUCCAGGACAACUUGAACAAUUUGUCAAUGAGAUUGUUAUUCUCUCUCAAAUCAAUCACAGAAAUGUGGUCAAACUGUUAGGAUUCUGUUUGGAGAGUGAAAUGCCUCUUCUAGUGUAUGAAUUUAUCCCCAAUGGAACUCUCUACCAAUAUCUUCAUGGUCCAGCCAGAGAAUUUCCCGUCUCUUGGGAGGUGCGUCUAAGAAUUGCCAAUGAAGUUGCUGGGGCUCUCUCAUAUUUGCACUUUGCUGUGGCCAAACCGGUGUAUCAUCGGGAUAUUAAGUCGUCGAAUAUACUUUUGGACGAAAAAUAUCGAGCGAAAGUGGCAGAUUUUGGAGCUUCUAGAGCAAUUACCAUCGACCAAACUCACUUGACCACAAUGGUGAGAGGAACCUUUGGAUACUUGGACCCAGAGUACUACCAAACAAGUCAAUUUACAGACAAGAGCGAUGUUUAUAGUUUUGGAGUUGUCCUUGUCGAAUUAUUGACUGGAGAAAAGCCAAUUUCUCAACUGAGGGUGGAAGAGGGCAGAAAUCUAGCCUCGUACUUUGUCAUUUCGAUGGAGGAGAACCGCUUAUUCGAUGUUCUUGAUAAGGAGGUAUUAGACCAUGGCGAAAAAGAAGAAAUUAUAGCUGUGUCUAAUUUGGCGAAAAGAUGCUUAAACCCUAAUGGAAGGUAUAGGCCUACAAUGAAGGAAGUGGCGAUGGAAUUGGAGCGAGUACAAUCACUACGAAAUCCCACAAUUGUCUGGCAAAAUGAAGAAGAGAUUGAUCACGUUAGAACUGGAUCUAUCCAUGCACCAGGUGCGAUUCCCAUGUUGAUGCAAUCGGGAGCAGAAGUGGAACUGACUUCAAUGGAGGAGGAUCAAUCACUCUGAUCACCAAGAUGAAGAUGCAUUCGGUUGUCUUGUCCAAAUUUCUGUAAUAUAAGACAUUGUAGUCUCUUUAUUUGCCUUUGCAUGUGAGUUGCAGAAUAAUGUUGAUUAUGCUAAGAAGUGCCCAAAAAACAAUAUGCUAGAUUCAUGAACCCUUUUGAUUUACUCUUUGUAUUUCUUGUAUCAGUGAUGAUUGAGAAAAAUGUCUAAA